GCAUGCCGCCUCGUCCCGCCACCGCUGCUCCGGCAGGUCCACCAAAGCCCGCCGCAGCUGGAGGCGACAGUCUCGAUGAUCUGCUCACUCGUCCCCCACCAAGGAAAAGCGCAACUGUUGGCAGGAAGGCCGCUAGGGCGAAGUACGUCGAUGUCUUCGCGGAGCAAAAGUAAGAGCAUGGGCAA